CCGGGCGGGUGGAGUCGCCAGACGGAGGGCGGUGGAGGCGGAUUUCCUGGGAGGGCUCUCUGGAGCUACCAUGGCGUUUGGGAAGAGUCACCGCGAUCCCUAUGCUACCUCCGUGGGUCACCUCGUAGAGAAGGCUACAUUUGCUGGAGUUCAGACUGAAGACUGGGGCCAGUUCAUGCAUAUCUGUGACAUAAUUAACACCACGCAGGAUGGGCCAAAAGAUGCAGUGAAGGCACUGAAGAAAAGGAUCUCCAAAAACUACAACCACAAAGAAAUACAACUUUCCUUGUCACUGAUUGACAUGUGCAUGCAGAACUGCGGUCCAAGUUUCCAGUCUCUGAUUGUGAAGAAGGAGUUCAUUAAAGACACUCUAGUUAAGCUGCUGAAUCCCAGAUACACUUUGCCGCUGGACAUUCAGAACAGAAUCUUGAAUUUCAUCAAGGUAAGUCUGUUCAUUUAUAUCAAGGGAUGGGAAAAACUUUACAAGACGGGUCGGGAGAUGCAGGAGAGGAUCAUGGACCUGCUGGUGGUGGUGGAAAACGAAGACGUGACCGUUGAGCUAAUUCAAGUGAACGAGGAUCUGAAUAAUGCCAUCCUUGGCUAUGAGCGGUUUACUCGAAACCAACAAAGACUUCUGGAACAGAAUAGGAACCUGAACGAAGCUACCAAUACUUCCAAUGAGCCCUCUGCUCCUUCCUGUGAUCUUCUCGACCUUAGUCCCAUCCUGCCAACACCUAUGUCCAAUGGGGAAGCACUCAAUACCGUGAAUGCUCAGCUUUCAGCCUUAAGUGUCAGCUCUCCGAGUCCUGUUAUAACAAGCAACUUGUAUUCCAAUCUUCAACCACAGUUGGACUUGCUAGCAUCGGAAAACACAGAAGCACCUACCCUGUUUGCCCAAAGGACCAGCCAAAACCUCGCCUCAAGUCACACGUAUGAUUUUCCAGAAAACUCCAAUUCAGUAUUACUACAGCCAGUUAGCCUACAGCCUGCCACAGCAGCACCACCGAGCCAGAGGCAACCACCCUUGCCCAGCAAUCAUCCAGGGCUAAACAAUGAUCUCCAACCACCCAAUUACUACGAAGUAAUGGAGUUUGAUCCCUUAGCUCCUGCUACAGAAGCUGUUUAUGAAGAAAUUGAUGUUUACCACCACAAAGGAGCUCAAAAUCACAGUGACUGCUAAGAUGUAUGAUCAGCUAAUUAGCAGCACAAAGGGCCAGCUCGAUAAAUAAAGCAGUCCCUGCUCCACUGAGGCCUGAAAGUCAAGUCCUGCCAACAGGGAAGUCCAGUGGACCACUUCUCAACAGAAUAGUUAACAUUUCCCAGCUAACACUGCUACUCCUGACAAUGGCUCAGGAUUUCAGGAGAAGCUGACUAUAACAACUACAACUUCAGCAGAAGGAAAACUGCCUGGUACUAGGUCAACUGGUUAAGUUGAAGACUCUUCUGCUGCACAGGCAUUCCUACCAAUAGACAUCAUCACAGACCUAUAAGAGUACUUGAAGAUCAUCCUACUACAAAACAUUGUGAACAGAUGGGGCAGGAAGUGAGGAAGAAAAUGAGUGCCUUCACUUAACUGAAUUUGAAUGUAGAAGUCAGUUUGCAUUUGUAUAUAAAUAACAAUUUGGUUUAAACUUGAUGAUCUGUUUAAUUAUAUUUCAAGUGCCUGAGCAGGUCACUGCAUCAGGUGGCCUUUGUAAUGUUAAACAUUCUUGCCUUUUAUUAUAAUUUACAUUUUGAAACAAAUACUGGAAAACAAAAUUGUGCAUCAUUCAUUUAAAAUUAAAUUACUAUUAAUUUGUCA